AUGUGGAUGCCUCUGCAGAUGUCUGUGAAGACGCGAGUGCUGUGCUUCUUCCUCCUAGGUCUGGUUAAUGGACUGCAGCACCAAUAUGAAAAUCCUUUCGUCUCCCCCAAUCGCACCGUAACCCGCCCUAUCUCGUGCACGAACGGCAACCUAACACCCCUAUGUUGCGACGAAAGCAUAUACAAUCCGAUAAAGCAUAAUCGUCGAUUGCGAGAUCCCUUAUCAGACCCGGCUUUGGAAUCUCCCUUCGUCGUCCAUCCCGCCUCCAAACCCACCAAGCACCGCACCGAUUUUGAUCACCAUGGUACCACCAUUCCGCUAAUCCUCCCCAUCUCUGCGUCCUCCAGCCCUGCUCCGGCUCUCAGUUCACUGGCAGUACAAAGGGCUGUUCCACUUGCGCCGCACAGUCUAUCGCGUUCAUCAAAUCCGAACCCUAUUGAGCGUCCGUUAUCACAAAUCGUCUCCUCAGAGGUUACAUCCGGCGGCGUACUAUCAGAUAAGACGAAAAAGGAAGUAAAGCGUAGCUGCUUCGGCCUACUUGUCUGCCUGAUCGUCGCUGUGAUCUGGCUUUAA